AUGUUUGCCUGAACUUUUACACUACAAUUGCCUGUAUAGCAAAGAAAAUCAACCAUGAAGACAUGUGGUCUAAUUGAAUGUUUGAAUAUUAUUGCCUUAGUUAUUUUAUGUUCAAGAGCUGCCCAUGGGCAACUUAGUUCAACAUUUUAUGAAGAUUCAUGUCCUUAUAUAUGGCCAAUAGUCAGGGAAGCUGUUGCACAAGCUGUGGAAAAGGAGAAGAGGAUGGGUGCAUCUUUGCUCCGCCUUCACUUUCAUGACUGUUUUGUUAAUGGGUGUGAUGGGUCGAUAUUAGUGGACGACACCCCUACAUUUAAAGGAGAAAAGAAUGCAGGACCAAAUGCCAAUUCUGUGAGAGGCUAUGAAGUGAUAGACAUCAUUAAAAGUCGGCUAGAGUUUGCUUGCAGUGGGGUCGUUUCGUGUGCGGACAUUGUAGCCAUUGCUGCUCGUGAUUCUGUUGUAGAACUAGGAGGACCAACAUGGCCAGUACAGCUGGGAAGGAGAGACUCAAGAACUGCAAGUUUAAGUAGUGCCAACACCCUUCUUCCUUCUCCCUUUGCAAACCUGAGUACUCUUAUCUCUCAAUUUCAAGCUCAAGGUCUUUCUGCCAAGGACAUGAUUGCUCUUUCAGGUGCUCAUACAAUUGGUCAAGCACGGUGCACCAUCUUCAGAUCCCGCAUCUACAAAGAAUCCAACAUAGACACUGCAUUUGCAACUUCUAUGCAGGCCAACUGCCCAAGUAGUGGUGGGGAUAAUAACCCUUCACCCUUGGAUGUUGCCACUCCCACUUUCUUUGACAAUAACUACUACAAAAAUCUGAGAAGCCUGAGAGGCCUUCUACACUCUGAUCAGGUAUUGUUUAAUGGCGGCUCUGCAGAUGCUCAGGUUGCUACCUACAGUAUGGAUCCUUAUGCCUUCUUCAGUGAUUUUGCAACAGCCAUGGUAAAUAUGGGAAAUAUCAACCCUCUUACCGGAACCAGUGGAGAAGUUAGAAAAAAUUGUAGGAAAAUCAAUUGACAUGUUAUGGACAACACUAACAAAUUAAAAAAUGCCAUCAAGCUCUGAGGCAUUGUUUGUAUGAUUUGGAGCGUUUUCAAGGUUUACCUCUUGUAAUAUCCUCUUCCAAUUAAUUUUGCUGCUCCUGCUAGGUAAUGCUCGUGGGUUUGUACUGGGUUUGUUUUUAAGUAUGCUCCCUAUCAGUAUGUAUGGUUUUGGAGCACACAUGUAAAUUUUGCUUUGCUUUAGGUUAUGUAAAUAGGUGUACGAUGGUUUGAUAUGGUUUAGGGCUAAGUCUAAAGGUGAUGGCUUGUAGAUGGGGUCAGUUGUAAAUCAGCUUGUAUGAAAGACUGUGUAAUCUUUCUCUUAUUAUCUUAUAUUAUAUUCAGUGAUUUCUCU